UUAAAGCAAACUACUUUAAAUCUUUAAUCAUUAGUCUAUGUAACACCUGCAUAUAUGCUCGCCGGACUAACUGAAUGCUCAAAAAUGGCGAUUAAGUUAAAAUUUACGUAUAGUUUGAUCUUUGUUACGUUUAUUAUAGUCUUCUUGGCUACGCUGCACCAUAGCCGCCGCGGUUCCGCGGCGGUGAAAAGAAAUGGGAGUUAUUAUAGGAAUGAUUUCAUUUCCUCGGCGUCGAAUUAUACAAUCGCCGAUUAUCUCCGUAAUCUCACCGGCGGGCCCCACCUCGCCGGAACGGCGGCGGCCGGCGCCGCCGCCGUUUAUGUGAGGUCCCAUUUCGAGCGGCUGAAGAUGGAGACCCGUGUGGUUAACUACACCGUUCUUUUGAGUUAUCCGGUGAGGGGUUCGGUGACGGCGGUGUUUAUCAACGGGUCCGAUUUUUCCGUCCCGUUGUCGGAGCCGGGGGGCGGCGGCGGGGUUGUAAUGGCGUACCACGCGUACGCGCCGUCGGGGACGGCGUACGGAAAGGCGGUGUUUUUGAACUACGGGCGGGACGGCGACUACGGCGAGCUGGCGGCGGCGGGGGUGGACGUGGCGGGCUGCGUGGGGAUUGUCCGGAGAGGCGGCGGGCUGUCGAGGGGCGAGGCGGUGGAGAGGGCGGCGGCGCGUGGAGUGGCGGCGGUGCUAAUGUACACCGACGGUGAGCGUGAGAAAUUCGGCGUGGAGAGGGGAACUGUGAUGAGUGACCUGGGGGACCCACUUAGCCCUGGGUGGGGAGGGGUUGAGAACGGAGAGAAGCUGAGAUUAGAUGACCCGCGGGUGAGAGAUAAAUUCCCGAAAGUCCCGUCGUUGCCAAUAUCCAUGGCGGCCGCCGGAAUCAUCCUGAGAUCUCUGGGAGGGGCUGAAUUGCCCCAGGAGUGGAAGAAGAAUCUAAAGAAUAGUGGGAUUGAUUUUGAAAGAGUUGGACCUGGUCCGACCAUGCUUAACUUUUCAUACGAGGGGGAGAAGAAGAUGGCAACGAUUCAAAACGUUUUUGGCAUUAUAAGAGGCUCGGAGGAGCCUGAUCGGUUUGUACUGCUCGGGAACCACAGAGAUGCGUGGACAUAUGGAGCAGUUGAUCCCAAUAGCGGAACUGCUGCCCUACUUGACAUAGCUCGCAGAUAUGCUCGUCUCGUGAGCUUGGGCUGGAAACCUCGACGAACAAUCAUGCUUUGCAGCUGGGACGCUGAAGAGUUUGGUAUGAUUGGCUCUACCGAGUUUGUUGAGCAGAACCUUAUGAAUCUGGCCGCUAAAUCUGUUGCAUACCUAAAUGUGGAUUGUGCAGUUCAAGGGCCUGGCUUUUUCGCUAGUGCAACUCCUCAGCUCGAUGAUCUUCUUCUCAAUGUCGCUAAGAAGGUUCGGGAUCCUGAUCAUGAGAGGACGACAAUAUUUGAAACUUGGGCAGUUUCGAAUAGAGGUACGAAUAUCCAGAGGCUUAGUAGAGUAGAUUCAGAUUUUGCUUCGUUUUUGCAACUUGCAGGGAUCCCUUCGGUCGAUUUAUACUAUGGUAAAGAUUUUCCGGUGUACCACACUGCCUUUGACUCUUAUGAUUGGAUGAUAAAAUUCGGAGAUCCAUUGUUCCAACGACAUAUUGCAGUAUCGGGAGUUUGGGGACUUCUCGGACUUCACCUAGCUGACGAUGCAGUUCUUCCUUUUAACUACGAGCCUUAUGCUGCUGAGUUGCUGAGGUAUACGCGAAGCUUGAGUGGUGUAUUGGAAGGAGGCGUGUCGUUAGAUCAAAUUUUCGAUGCCAUUCGGGAGCUUAGUACUGCAGCUAAAGCUAUUGAGGAAGAAGCAAAGAAACUAAGGAAGGAUGAAACCAUGGCUGAACUUUUGAUAUUGGAGCGGCGGAUGCUAAACGAUCGCCUGAUGUCUGCCGAGAGAGGUUUCUUAGACAAUGAGGGGCUUAACAGAAGGCAAUGGUUCAAGCAUCUUGUUUAUGGACCGAGCACCGGUGGUAAAACCGAGCUAGAUUUCUACCCCGGAAUAGUUGAUGCUGUUUCGCGAUCGACGCACCUGAACAACACAGAAAGGGAGGCAGUAAUCCAGCAUGAAAUCUGGAGAGUUGCAAGGGCUAUCCAAAGAGCUGCCUAUGCUCUCAAAGGCAAUCUAACCUGACAAACUUGCACGUAAUGUGUUGAAAAUUUUUCAGAAAGGUUUGGCAGGAUUUUGUGAAUCUGUUUGGUUGUAAACAUUUUGGAAAACACAUCGCGCCAGGUAGGGGUCGAACCUACGACUUUCUGCUUAGGAAACAGACGCUCUAUCCACUGAGCUACAGGCGCUGAUUGUAUUUUUAUACAAAGUUUAGAUAUAAAUCAUAGUAUAUUAAAAUUGAUCAAUUACCAACUGAAGUGCCAAAAAGAAUGACUAAAUAGAUAAAUCAUAACUCUCAUAUAAGAAUAUCACGAAUUCGAUUCUUGUCUAUA